AUGGCGCCCGUGGUAGUUGAUCGCGCAAAGCGAAAGGCUUCGGAGGAAGCCACCACACCGGACUCCAAGGCGAACAUCAAGAAAGCCAGGACGGAAUCUCCAGAAACACACGACCAAGAAGAAACAGAUGCAGAGAAAGUGAAGCUUGUUCCAUACGCGGAGAAGCCUGCUGUUUUAGAAGAGAGAGAAGGAAAGAUCGAAUUUCGUGUCGUUAACAAUGACUCGUCCCGAGAGAGCUUCAUCAUCCUCACCGGCCUCAAAUGCAUAUUUCAGAAACAACUCCCUAAGAUGCCCAAAGAUUAUAUAGCCCGGCUUGUCUACGACCGAACGCAUUUGUCUAUUGCUAUUGUGAAGCACCCAUUGGAAGUUGUUGGUGGAAUUACUUACCGGCCAUUCCAUGGACGCAAGUUUGCUGAGAUUGUGUUCUGUGCUAUUUCGUCAGACCAACAGGUCAAGGGGUAUGGUGCACACCUCAUGUCUCACCUGAAAGAUUAUGUUAAGGCGACCUCAGACGUAAUGCACUUCCUAACCUAUGCGGAUAACUAUGCAAUCGGAUACUUCAAGAAGCAGGGCUUCACCAAAGAGAUCAGCCUUGAAAAGUCCAUAUGGAUGGGAUAUAUAAAGGACUACGAAGGAGGUACCAUUAUGCAGUGCUCUAUGCUUCCUAAGAUACGCUAUCUAGAAGCCGGUCGAAUGGUACUCAAGCAGAAAGAAGCUGUGUACGCCAAGAUCCGCGCCUUUAGCAAGUCACAUAUUGUUCACCAACCCCCCAAGGAAUGGAAGAACGGGGUAGUGGAGAUCGAUCCUUUAAGCAUCCCGGCUAUUAAGGAGUCUGGAUGGUCACCAGAUAUGGACGAGCUCGCCCGUCAGCCAAGACAUGGCCCUAAUUACAACCAACUCCUGCAUCUCCUCAACGACAUGCAGAACCAUAGUGCAGCGUGGCCCUUUGCUCAGCCUGUCAACCGGGAUGAAGUGCCUGAUUAUUAUGAGGUCAUCACAGAGCCCAUGGAUCUUUCAACAAUGGAAGAGAAGCAUGAAAAGGACAUGUACCCUACUCCGCAGGACUUCAUCAAGGAUGCAAAGUUGAUAUUUGACAACUGCCGCAAAUACAACAACGAGAGCACGCCCUAUGCGAAGAGUGCGAAUAAACUGGAAAAGUUCAUGUGGCAACAGAUCAGAAAUAUCCCAGAGUGGUCGCAUCUGGCUGAUUGA